AUGGCGACAAGAGGACGCACGACGUGUGCCUCCGCCGUGAGCGGUGGAGGGGGGAAGCUCGUGGUCGGCGCGCUUCUUUCCGCUCUUUUUCUACUCGUGCUGACGGAAUCCGUAGAGUUCAGCCUGGCGAAAAGGGAAUCCAGGUCCGAAGAACAGAAGAAAAAGGAAGAGCAGGCUCGAAGAGACGAGGAGGAAGAAAAACGCUUGUCCCUGAUCCGAGCGAAGCUUCCCAGCAUUAAGAAGAAAGAAUACAUCAACUGGAAACGCCUCUCUCCAGAAACGACCGUCCUUCUCGCAGCGCAGCCUUCGGACGUUGAAGUACUUAGUAGCCACCUGCCUUUCCAAAUUGCGAACGUCACAAUGCAGGAACAUACAAUUUCGCCCGUGUCUGCAGUCGACAGAGAAAUGCAGCAGAGGCUGCAAGCGAAUUACACCCACGGAAUGAAGAAACUUCGAACAAGCGUCGUGUUCGCCGAUGACACACCUGUCAAGUUGGAUAACUCGCACCCUCAAGGCGGCGCAAUCUGCAAAGACUCCCAACGAGCCAUGCUGCUCUCGUUCAAUCGCGUUUACCGGAAAAACGAUGGACACGCGUACGCCACCUUCAACCUCCACAGCCCAUCUGCGGUUUCCUUUCACAAGGAACUUGCUGGCGAAUACAAUUUGAAGUCGUUGAAUCCCUUUAUGUGGACAAACCACUUUCCAACGGAGGAAGAAUUCACGACCUUCCGAGGAACAGCGAUUUGCAUGAAGAAAAACUCUCGGCUUCAACUGCUUCGCGGAUGGCCAGUUGCAGUUCCUGAUUACAAGGAGGGACCCUGGCAGGCGCGCGUGAUGGUUCAUCGUGCUUUCGUCUCUCCGUCUGCUGACACAAAGAAGAAGCAUCUUUAUGUGUUGCAGGCGACCCUGAAAGUGACGCGUACUCCUAAAGAAGGCAUUUUCAAGCAGCAGAAUAUGGACGUGGUUCCCUUCAUGGGAUACAUAAAAAUUGACAACAACAAAUACGAGCAUCUGGAGGCGGCGAUCAUUCGACACAAACUGCUGAACAAAGUCUGCACGCUUCGAAGAAUUGACAAGCAGAGUCAGGUGGAGCUGAAAUGCGACGAUGUCGACGCGAAGCUGGCCGCUCUUAAUGAAAUCAUGGACGAGCGCCCUUUGCUGCGGAACACCUUCAAGAAAGUCGGAAUUUUCUCAGGUGUUGCCGCAGCUUCGUACUCCCUGGCCAUCGUCAGCCACCUUCUGUCGUCCGUCAACUCAGCUCUUGAAAUCUUGCCGCCUGAUGGGCUCGCCCUCACCGGCACCGGAUUCGCCCUGGCGGCGCUGCUGACUCUCGUCAUUGCUGGACCAGUCGUCGGUCUUCAGAGAUACAAGUGGCGCAAGAUGUUCCGCGAGAAAAAAGAGGAGUAUCUUCAGAACAUUGUCGAUGAAGAGAACCGUUAUUUGUCGGCGUCCGCCCCGAUAGUCGAUCUUGUCUUUGUGGUGAACGAGCUGAAGCAUGCUGAAGAAGAGACAGAUCCUGAGGACGAGCAUAGCUUGGCCGCGAAGGAAGCCGCCAUCCUCGUGGACGCCGGACGCCUACCUGAGCUUUCUCCGAUGGCCCAGAAGAUCCAAAAUGUGACUGAGCAGUACUACUACCUAAAGACCGUCGCGUCCGCGUUCAACGACUUUACGCACCUUUCCGCCUACAAAGCUACCCAGGAUGGAAUCCUAGAUGAAGUCAAGGCGCUGUGGCGUUUCCUGAAGCACACCGCGUCUCGUAUGCCUGAAUACAUUGACAUUCAAGACGACGGAACGCUGAAGUUGAGCAUGCGCCAACUGAUAGAUGUGUACGCCCACCUCGGCAAGCAGCUGAAGGCCGAAGCCGAGAAACCUAUUGAGGAGGGUCCGUUCGCGCCGAUUGACGUUCUGAUCUCGCGACAAAAAGUCGAACUUCUGCAACAGAAAACGACGCAGCUCUUGGGCCAGAUCAAAGGCAGGGGAGGCGACGUAGCCCCCCUGGAUACGCCUGACCACAUCGAGUCGCUGAAGGCGCGACUCCAGUUGGUCAAGGCAUCGAAAGAGACACUGACAAGGGCUUUGGAGGCUGUCAUACCAGGAUCUCAGGAAGCAGACGAUCUGCAGUUUGCACAGAGUCAGGUUGAAACUGCGAAGGAGGAGGUCAAGUCCGACCUCAGGGUAUUCAUGGACGACGAGCUAGGCGUCGCCCUCGAGGAAGUCGAUAAUCUGAAGGAGAAACUUGCGGAUAUUCAAAAGAACGCCGGAGCGGAGCCUUCACCGCUGCAAGAAGUGGAAAUGCAAGAUGUUAAGGAGCGAAUCAUCGCAUUGAACGAGAAAAUUACCAAGCUCGUACUCGAAAUGCGGCGCUUCGGCUUCCACGUCGAUAUCAGACGUGUAGUUGAGCUUGAAAACGAAUGAGGGGGACAACGCCGAGAUACUGUUCUAAAAACGAAACAACAGGUCCUGUGGGAGCUCUUGGGGACGCAGAGACUCUCUCCCGUGCCCUCUGCAGGGCUAGAUGUCGUCAGGGGUGAGUACACCCUACGAGUACUUGCCCUGAGGACGUACGGAGACGGAAAGUCAGCCGUGAAACACAGCAGUUGAUUCUGUAGAUGAAUAAUAAAUGUAGAGUUUUUCUCAAUUGACACUGCAUGCCUUUUGAAAGCUACUGUCGCAAGUGGCACGCGGCACACCUGGGGGACAAGA